AGACUCUGUCUCAAAAAGAAAAAAAAAAACCGUGCAUGGGCAGAAAGGUGGCAACUGGAUUUAAAACCGUGGAACUUCUAGAUUAUUACAAGAGAUUUAUGAAAGAGAACUGCCAUCAUGAUGGAAGGGAACUUGGUGAAUUCAGAACCAUAACUGUCAACAUAAGUUCAAUUAGUACUGCAGAUGAUUCUGCCCUAGUGAAGCUGGGAAAUACUACAGUACUUUGGGGAGUUAAAGUGGAAUUUGCAGCACCACCAACAGAUGCCCCUGAUAAAGGUUAUGUUGUUCCUAAUGUGGAUUUACCACCCCUGUGUUCAUUGAGAUUUCGGUCUGGACCUCCUGAAGAAGAGGCCCAAGUGUCUAGCCAAAUCAUUGCAGAGGUCACUGAAAAUUCACAGAUAAUUCAGAAAGAUUUAUGCAUAUCUCCAGGAAAGCUUGCUUGGGUCCUAUACUGUGAUCUCAUUUGCCUUGACUAUGAUGGAAACAUUUUGGAUGCCUGCCCAUUUGCUUUAUUAGCAGCUUUAAAAAAUGUACAGUUGCCUAAAGUUACUAUAAAUGAAGAAACUGCUUUAGCAGAAGUUAAUUUAAAGAAGAAAAGUUAUUUGAAUAUUAGAACUCAUCCAGUUGCAACUUCCUUUGCUGUGUUUGAUGACACUCUGCUCAUAGUUGACCCUACUGUAGAGGAGGAACACCUGGCAACUGGAACCUUAACAAUAGUAAUGGAUGAAGAAGCCAAGCUCUGCUGUCUGCACAAACCAGGUGGAACACUGGAGCUAAACUUCAGGACUGUAUGAGCCAAGCAGUUACAAGACACAAAGAAGUAAAAAAGCUGAUGGAUGAAGUAAUUAAUAGUACGAAACCCAAAUAAACAGCCACCAUGUUUUCAAAACAGAUUUGUAAAAAUUAUAUUUGUUACACUGUGCACAAAUCUUUUAUACUAAAUAAAUACCAAACUACAUUCUUCU